UCCUCCGUCUCCCUCUACCUCAUACUCAUCCUCCCUCUCCUCUUCCCUCUCUCUCCCCCUACCUCACACUCCUCCUCCUCCUCCCCUCUCCCCUCUCCCCCCCUCCUCCCCCACCACACAGCGGUGACCGCCGUCGACGACGCUGGGCCGGACCCGACGCCGCCUCCCCUCCUCUCGCUGCUCUUCAACAUCUCCAACGUGCGGCGCCACGAGCUCAUCGCCUCGGCCGAGCUGAGGCUGCCGCGGGCGCUGCCGGGCGGCGUUCGCUGCGCCGGCGUGGCCGGGGACGGCCCCCCGCCGGGCCACGCCCCCCCGCCGGGCCACGCCCCCCCGCCGGGCCACGCCCCCCCGCCGGGCCACGCCCCCGGAGGGGAGGGGGUCGCAGCGGAGGGCGGGGCGGAGCCGCAGGGGGAGGCGCUGUUCGUGACGUUCGACGUGACGCCGGCCGUGCGCGGAUGGCAGCGUGACGGGACGGGCGCCCAGAGGCUGCGGGUUCGCGUGGAGCGCGCGGACGGCGGCGGAGGAGGAGGAGCGAUAAAAAUCCCCGUCACGAACGCCCACAGCGGCGGCCACCUCCUCAACGCCGUCGCCUCGAAGCUCACGGCCGAGGCCCUCCUCAUCGUGUUCUCCGACGACGUGCCCGAGACGGCCGCCGGCCACCGGGAGGAGGAGGAGGAGGAGGCCGUCGUCGCCGGCCCCCCGGCCGCCGGACCCCCGGCCGCCGGCCGUGCCCGGCGCUACGCGGCGCCGGCGGGAGGGGCCGGGGGAGCUGCGGCCGCCGGUCAGAGGCGAGGACGAGGCUCCGUCUACUGCAGGAAGGUGCCGCUCAGGGUCAGCUUCAAGGACAUCGGCUGGAACACGUGGAUCAUCGCCCCGCAGGAGUACGAGGCAUACGACUGCGUGGGCAAUUGCUCGUUUCCGCUGACGGACCACGUGACCCCCACGAAGCACGCCAUCGUGCGCGCGCUCCUUCACACCCGGCGGCCCGAGACGGUCAUGCGGCCCUGCUGCGUGCCGACGCGACUUGAGGCCAUCUCCAUCCUGUACCUGGACCCGGCCGGCAAGGUCACCUACCGCUACCGCUACGAGGGAAUGGUCGUGGCCGAGUGCGGGUGCAGAUAGGGGACAGAGAGAUACAGGCGGCGGAGAGGUGGGAGA